AUGAAUGCCCUGUGCUCGAAAGCCGUCUUCAUGGAGAUUUGUAUUGACAUAUCGAAUUCGCAGUAUAGAGCAUUACGCUGUCCAUACCUGAAGCAACUGCUCCCUUGUCAUCAAGGUCGACCAGCCAUACGAAUUGUGGAGAACCUCUUCAUGGAAACUCUUGUGAUCCCUUGGAAUUUCGCUUUCCCACAAGGAGAAUUGAUACUUGAAAUUAGCGAAAAUCCACGUCUCUCUCUGGUCAUCAUCAAUCAACUCAGACGACUAUGUCCAGGCUGUAGAAUCACUGCAAACCUUGGUUGCGGUCUCAAAAAACGGGGCUACUCCACAACGGAACUUGUUGCUGCAUGUGCCGGGAAGAGGAUCAUAAAACCAGCUGAGGGAUACAUGUUGGUGCUGAACAGCAAUGCUGUAACUGAACAUCAACUGAAUGCGCUUUGCUCAAAAGCUGUCCACAUGGAAAUCUGCAUAACCAUCACCAACUCCCAAUUCAAGCAGUUUUAUUGCCCAUACCUACAAGAAUUGAGGCCAUGCUUGCCUGGAUCACCUGCUAUCAAGAUUGUGAACAAUAUCCUAUUUGAACAUUUACACAUUCCGCCGACAACAAUUUAUCCUGAAGGCGAUCUCAUCAUCGAAGUCUCGGGAAAUCCAAGAUUGUCGCCGAAUCAAAUAUACGCGCUGAAACAAUGGUGUAGCCAAUGCACCAUUACUUUGGGAAGUAGUACGCACUCAUUAGCACAACGCCAGUGCAAAUUGGAGGCGCGUUGGUAUAAGGGCAAAGAAAUUGUCCAAAUAUGCGCUGGAGCUCAAAUCAUCAAACCACACAAAGGAUUCCCUCUAAUGGUGUCGUCUACGGAAGUAACCGAAACGGAAAUCAACAAUCUAUGCUCCAAUGCUGUUUUCAUGGAAAUCUGCAUAUUGAUAGCGAACUCGGACUUCACACGACUUCGCUGCCCACACUUACAAGAAAUACGUCCAUGCCUCCCAGAACGACCAGCCAUUAAACUUGUCGGCAACCUUUUCCUCAAGGAGCUCUUCAUUCCAAUGACUGUGCGUUACCCCGAAAAAGCGUAUAUUUUCGAAAUCAAUGAAAAUCCACUUCUAUCAUUAAGAAUCAUCGAAUGGCUCAGAGUGAAGUGUAGACACUGCGUAAUAACAGCUAAUUUAGGUUGUGAUUUACAAAGCCGAACAUACACCGAAAAGCAAUUGGUUGCUGCCUGUGCUGGAAAACGAAUCAUCCGUCCUGCAGCAGGUUACGUACUGAUGCUAAGUUCCACCACAACCACUGAGGCGGAGAUGAAUGCGAUGUGUUCGAAAGCUAUUUACAUGGAAAUCUGUAUUGACAUUACAAGAUCACAAUACACAGCUUUACGUUGCCCUUACUUGAAGGUGCUGAAGGCCUGUAUGCCCGGUAAACCGGCGAUACGAAUUGUUGAUAACUAUAGAUUCCAAAUUCUUGAAAUUCCUGCAAGUCUCCGCUUCCCAGUAUCGCAACAGAUCAUUGAAUUCAGUGGGAAUCCACUUAUGUCAAUCACCAUUAUCACACAACUCAAGAAAAUGUGUCCGCAUUGCAGGAUCAGUGCUAAUCUCGGUAAGUUUCUAUGA